CGGCAGGACUGGAAGCGCCGGCGGCGGUUGAGGGGGCUCGAGGCGGCGGCGGCGGCGGCGGCGCGCGGGCAGCUUCGAGGAAGAAAGAAGCCUGCAGCAUCCACCUAUGAAGACCGUGCAGACAGUCCUGAAUAGUAAUUGUGGGUGGCGUGGCUGCCAGGCUGCUUCUGCGCAGCGUCUGAAAUGAACUUCUCCUAUUGAUUGUUUUGAUUGGCCCAGAGCCAGGAGUCCUGGCUUCACCUGACUUCAGGAUAAAAAGAAAACAGUCUUGGUUAUCAUCCUAAACAUAUGAACCAGUGUGAUGGUGAAAUGAGAUGAGGCUCCGAAAUGGAACUGUAGCCACUGUUUUAGCAUUUAUCACGUCGUUCCUUACGUUAUCUUGGUAUACUACGUGGCAAAAUGGGAAAGGGAAUAUUGAUGGCAAGAAGAAUGGAGAAAAACUGAUUGCUUAUCAACGAGAAUUUCUUGCUUUAAAAGAACGGCUCCGAAUAGCUGAACACAGAAUCUCUCAGCGGUCUUCCGAACUCAAUGCCAUUGUACAGCAGUUCAAGCGUGUAGGAGCAGAAACAAACAGAAGUAAGGAUACGGUGAAUAAAUUUUCAGAUGGUACCCUAAAGCUCUUGAGGGAGUUAACAAGCAAAAAAUCUCUUCAAGUGCCAAGUAUUUAUUAUCAUUUGCCUCAUUUAUUACAAAAUGAAGGAAGCCUUCAACCUGUUGUGCAGAUUGGUAAUGGAAGAACAGGAGUUUCAAUAGUAAUGGGAGUUCCCACAGUGAAGAGAGAAGUUAAAUCUUACCUCAUAGAAACUCUUCAUUCCCUUAUUGAUAAUCUGUAUCCUGAAGAGAAGCUGGACUGUGUUAUAGUUGUCUUCAUAGGAGAGACAGAUAUUGAUUAUGUAAAUGGUGUUGUAGCCAACCUGGAGAAAGAAUUUUCUAAAGAAAUCAGUUCUGGCUUGGUGGAAAUAAUAUCACCUCCUGAAAGCUAUUAUCCUGACUUGACAAACUUAAAGGAGACAUUUGGAGAUUCUAAAGAAAGAAUAAGAUGGAGAACAAAGCAAAACCUCGAUUAUUGUUUUCUAAUGAUGUAUGCUCAGGAAAAGGGCACAUAUUACAUCCAGCUUGAAGAUGAUAUUAUUGUCAAGCAGAAUUACUUUAACACCAUAAAAAAUUUUGCACUUCAACUUUCUUCUGAGGAAUGGAUGAUACUUGAGUUCUCCCAGCUGGGCUUCAUUGGUAAAAUGUUUCAAGCGCCAGACCUCACUCUGAUUGUGGAAUUCAUAUUUAUGUUCUAUAAGGAGAAACCCAUUGAUUGGCUCUUGGACCAUAUUCUGUGGGUGAAAGUCUGCAACCCUGAAAAAGAUGCAAAACAUUGUGAUCGACAGAAAGCAAAUCUGCGGAUUCGCUUCAGACCUUCUCUUUUCCAACAUGUUGGUCUGCAUUCUUCACUAACAGGAAAAAUUCAGAAACUCACGGAUAAAGAUUACAUGAAACCAUUACUUCUUAAGAUCCAUGUAAACCCCCCUGCAGAGGUAUCUACUUCUCUGAAGGUCUACCAAGGACAUACACUGGAGAAAACUUAUAUGGGGGAGGAUUUCUUCUGGGCUAUAACUCCAGUAGCUGGAGACUACAUCCUGUUUAAAUUUGACAAGCCAGUCAAUGUGGAAAGUUAUUUGUUCCAUAGUGGCAACCAGGAACAUCCAGGGGAUAUUCUGCUCAACACAACUGUAGAAGUUUUGCCUUUGAAGAGUGAAGGUUUGGAAAUCAGCAAAGAAACCAAAGACAAACGAUUAGGAGAUGGUUAUUUCAGAAUAGGGAAAUUUGAGAAUGGUGUUGCAGAAGGAAUGGUGGAUCCCAACCUAAACCCCAUCUCAGCAUUCCGACUUUCAGUUAUUCAGAAUUCUGCUGUUUGGGCCAUUCUUAAUGAGAUUCAUAUUAAAAAAGUCACAAACUGACUAUCUCCUAAGAAACCAACACAUUUUUUCCCUGUGAAUUUGUUGAUUAAAGAUGGCUGAGCAUGUACCGUUUUUUGGUAACUUGAAUUCUACCUCUUGUGAAAUCUAC